UUGUGAAGACCCAGCUUUUCCACGUAGUGUGUUUACUAAGUACAGAUUGUCGGCCGGUUUAUGUGUUUCAUUUGUGUAUAUUAGGAACCAUAUAGCUACCUUUUGAAUUAAUAGUUUUUGGUUUGAAUGUGUCUCACGUACUGGAAUGUCAAAAUAUAGUAGUUUUCCUAUGUCUUGUAAUUGAUUAUUGGUCAUCACUGUUGGGCAGUUAGCUUGCUAGCUUAUCAAUUGAAAUCGCACAGCACUCCAUCUUGGAACUCCUAACAGGUAUCAGGAUGGUGGACAAGAAUAUAUACAUUGUCCAAGGGGAGAUCUGUACUGUUGUAGGUGCCAUCAAGAGGAAUUCAAGGUGGAAUACCCAUAUUCCUUUGGAUGAGGAACAAGAUCCAUUGCUUAACAGUUUCAGCCACCUGAAAGAGAUUCUCAACAAUAUGAAAGAGCUGUCAGAUGUGGAGCCCAACGUAUUCCUGCGGCCCUUCCUGGAGGUGGUACGAUCUGAAGACACCACCGGACCAAUCACAGGCCUGGCCCUCACCUCUGUCAACAAGUUCCUGUCCUACGGCCUCAUAGAUGCUAACCACGAGGCGGCGGCGGAGGCCAUCGAGAACAUGGCGGAUGCCGUCACACACGCCAGAUUCGUAGGGACGGACCCCGCCAGCGAUGAAGUAGUGCUCAUGAAAAUCCUACAGGUCCUGAGGACUUUGCUGCUCACGCCCGUAGGAGCCCACCUGACCAACGAGUCUGUGUGUGAGAUCAUGCAGUCGUGUUUCCGCAUCUGCUUCGAGAUGCGCCUCAGCGAGCUCCUGAGGAAAUCAGCCGAACACACACUGGUGGACAUGGUGCAGCUGCUGUUUUCCAGACUACCCCAGUUUAAAGAGGAGGCCAAAAGUUUUGUGGGCGCCAACAUGAAGAAGCUGAAGAUGCGUGCUGGUGGGAUGAGUGAGUCGUCAAAGUGGAAGAAGCAGAAGCGCUCGCCCCAUCCCCCCCGUCACAUGGUGCGAAGUGCCUCGGGCGGGUUGGAGCAGGCCCCUACCACCACCCUCAGCAACAACAACCUCUCUGGUGGUGUCCCAUUCAUCGAGCAGGAUAGUUUGUCUGUCUCAGACAGCGUGGCCUCCUCCAUGUCCAUCCCCACAGACAGCGGCCUGGACACCUGCUCCAAGGCCACCUCCAGAGAGGACCUGACAGACCUGGACCAGAGCAGCUCUGCCGCCACCACCCCUUCCACAGAGCCUGGACGCCUGUACACUCAGUCUGAGGGUAGGCAGGUGGAGCAUGCCCAGUCAACCUCGGUGGAGUCCAUCCCUGAGGUCCUGGAGGACGGAGAAUCUGUGACGGAGCAUUCGGACUCAGCCUCAUUACAUGACAUGGACUAUGUCAACCCCCGAGGAGUCCGCUUCACACCACAGCAAACACAGAGAGACGGUACGGCUCUCAUCCCCUACUCCCUGCCCUGUCUGCGGGAGAUCUUCCGCUUCCUCAUCUCACUGACCAACCCCCAUGACCGCCACAACACGGACGCCAUGAUGCACAUGGGCCUGCAGUUGCUGACCGUGGCUCUGGAGGCGGCUCACAUCGCCCCCUACCAGUCACUGCUGGGCCUGGUCAAAGACGAGCUCUGCAGACACCUCUUCCAGUUGCUAAGUGUGAACCGUAUGAACCUGUAUGCCGCCUCCAUUCGAGGGUGCUUCUUGCUCUUUGAGAGCAUGCGAGGACAUUUGAAGUUUCAGCUCGAGAUGUAUCUGAAGAAGCUGAUGGACAUCAUCACGUCAGAGAACAUGAAGAUGCCCUAUGAGAUGAAGGAGAUGGCCCUGGAGGCCCUGGUGCAGCUCUCGAGGAUCCCCAGCUUCGUCACCGAGCUCUACAUCAACCACGACUGUGACUUCUACUGCUCAAACCUGUUUGAAGACCUCACCAAGCUGCUCUCCAAGAAUGCCUUCCCUGUGUCCGGACAGCUCUACACAACCCACCUCCUCUCACUAGAGGCCCUACUCACUGUGAUUGACAGCACUGAGGCCCACUGCCAGGCCAAGGUGCUCAACAGCACCACUCAGCAGGACCAAUCCGCAGAAAUGGUGUUGGCAGAAGGGGAGUGCUCACCCAACGACUGUACAGACACAACCACGGAAGCGAGCAGGCAGGUGAACAGUGCCAACGGUCAGAAUGUUCCAGAGGCUGACAGUGUGCCCCUACCACCUACCAGCGGACACCUGAUGGCAGAGAAGAUGAGACUGGGCAGACGAGACCAGGAGGAGACAGAACCAGCUGAGAAGAAAGAACCAAAAAAGCCACAACGCUUCUCGUCUUGUUUACCUGAUUCUCAAGAGCUGUUGGACAUCAGAAAUAAAAAGAAGCUGCUGAACAGCGGCACAGAGCAGUUCAACCAGAAGCCUAAGAAGGGCAUCCAGUUCCUGCAGGAGAAGGGUCUCCUCAGCAGCCCCAUGGACAACAACGAGGUGGCCCAGUGGCUCCGGGAGAACCCCCGCCUCGACAAGAAGCAGAUCGGAGAGUUCAUCAGUGACCGCAAAUACAUGGAGCUACUGGACAGCUUCGUCAGCACGUUCACCUUCCGAGGGCUGCGUAUUGACGAGGCGCUGCGUCUGUAUCUGGAGGCCUUCAGACUGCCAGGAGAGGCUCCGGUCAUCCAUAGACUUUUGGAAACCUUCACAGACACCUGGCAUAAAGUGAACGGCUCUCCCUUCAUGACCAACGACGCAGGCUUCGCCCUGGCCUAUGCUGUCAUCAUGCUCAACAUGGACCAACACAACAACAACGUGCGCAAGCAGAACAUCCCCAUGACCAUUGAGCAAUUCAAGAAGAAUCUGAAGGGUGUGAAUGGAAAUACAGACUUUGAUCAGGAUAUGCUGGAGGACAUCUACAAUGCAAUCAAGAAUGAAGAGAUAGUGAUGCCAGACGAGCAGUCUGGCCUGGUGAAGGAGAACUAUGUAUGGAACGUGCUGCUCCACCGGGGGGCCACCUCCGAGGGGGUCUUCCUCCAUGUGCCCGCCGGCAGCUACGACCACGACCUGUUCACCAUGACCUGGGGUCCCACCAUCGCAGCCCUCUCCUACGUCUUCGACAAGAGCCUGGACGACACAAUCAUCCAGAAGGCCAUUGCUGGCUUUAGGAAAUGUGCCAUGAUAUCAGCUCAUUAUGGAUUCAGUGACGUUUUUGAUAAUUUGAUCAUCUCCCUCUGCAAGUUUACAACACUCAGCAGUGAGUCGGUGGAGAACCUGCCCACAGUGUUUGGGAGUAACGGGAAGGCACAGAUAGCGGUGAAAACAAUGUUCCACCUGGCCCACCGGCACGGUGACAUCCUGAGGGAGGGCUGGAAGAACAUCAUGGACUCCAUGCUGCAGCUGUUCAGAGCCGAGCUGCUGCCCAAGGCCAUGCUGGAGGUGGAGGAUUUUGUGGAGCCAAAUGGAACGAUUUCCCUUCAAAGAGAAGAGACGCCGUCAAAUCGGGGUGAGUCUGCGGUGCUGAGCUUUGUGAACUGGCUGACACUAAGUGGAGCGGAGCAGUCUGGUCAACGUGGGCCCUCUACUGAGAACCAGGAGGCCAAGCAGGCAGCCAUGCUCUGUAUCAAGCAAUGUGACCCAGAGAAGCUGAUCACAGAGAGUAAAUUCCUGCAGCUGGAGUCUCUACAGGAGCUGAUGAAGGCCCUGAUCUCAGUCACACCUGAUGAGGAGACGUAUGAUGAGGAGGAUGCUGCGUUCUGCCUGGAGAUGCUGCUACGCAUAGUCAUGGAGAACAGGGACCGUGUGUCGUGUGUAUGGCAGACGGUGCGGGAUCACCUGUGCCACCUGUGUGUCCAGGCUACAGAGAGCUGCUUCCUGGUGGAGAGGGCCGUGGUGGGCCUCAUCAGACUGGCCAUCCGCCUGCUGCGCAGAGAGGACAUCAGCUCCCAGGUGCUGCUGUCCCUGCGUCUCCUGCUGAUGAUGAAACCACACGUCCUGGCCCGGGUUAGCCGGGAGGUGGCCUAUGGCCUCCAUGAGCUGCUUAAGACCAACGCUGCCAACAUCCACUGCACAGACGACUGGUUCACCCUUUUCUCCCUAAUCGAGUGCAUCGGGGCCGGGAUCAAACCCCCCGCCUCCUUCAGGGUCACUUCCACUACCCCAGACAUCGACACAGGUGCCCAGUCGGACAGUGAGCUGUCGUUCCACCACCCCAGUGAGGUGAGUCUGGACCGGGGGUACACCUCUGACUCUGAGGUCUACACGGAGCACGGAAAGUCCAGGAUGCCCCGCUCUGUCACUGACGUGGACGUGACCAGCAGCGGAUGGCUGGUGGUUGGGAAAGACGACCUGCACAUCAGCAAGGUAGCGGCUUCUGGCUCCACGACCCUGCUAAACCCUCUAGUGAACCAGUACAGCCUGACCCUGGGUCAAGACAUGGGUUUCCACGACACCAAGUCUCUCAUCAAGUGUGUGGAGUCCCUCUCCUUCAUAGUACGCGACGCUGCACACGUCACCCCCGAGAACUUUGAGCUGUGUGUCAAGGCCAUCCGGGUGUUUGUGGAGGCCAGCCUAAACGGAGGCUACAGGACCUAUGAGAAGAAGAAGAACCACAAGUACGACUCCCAGAAGUCCCGUGUGAGGAGGAAGCCCCGGUACAAGGAGGGGGCAUCCCGCCGCGCCAAGGCCUCCAGCCAGAGGCCUUCCCGUUCCCAUAGCGACGAUGAGGAGGACGAGGGGGUCCCUGCCAGCUACCACACGGUGUCAUUACAGCUGUUAGAUCUGAUGCACACGCUGCAUACGAGGGCCUCCGGCAUCUACAGCUCCUGGGCAGAGGAGCAGCGCCGCCUGGAGCCUGUAGGGAAGAAGAUUGAGGCCGACUCCAAGACACUGUGGACCAGCUGCUGGUGCCCACUGCUCCAAGGGAUAGCCUGGCUGUGCUGCGACGCCAGGAGGCUGGUGCGAAUGCAGGCCCUGACCUACCUCCAGAGGGCACUGUUGGUUCAUGACCUGCAGACACUAGAUGCUGUGGAGUGGGAGUCCUGCUUCAACAAGGUGCUGUUCCCCCUGCUGACCAAGCUUCUGGACAAUAUUAGCCCUGCAGACGUGUGUGGAAUGGAGGAGACCAGGAUGAGGGCUUGCACCCUGCUGUCAAAGGUGUUCCUGCAGCACCUCUCUCCCCUGUUGUCUCUGACCACCUUCGCUGCCCUGUGGCUCACCAUCCUGGACUUCAUGGACAAGUACAUGCACGCUGGCUCCAGUGACCUGCUGCUGGAGGCCAUCCCAGAGUCUCUGAAGAACAUGCUGCUGGUGAUGGACACAGCAGGAAUCUUCCACAGCGCUGACUCUCGUACGGGAUACUCUGACCUGUGGGAGAUCACUUGGGAACGCAUCAACUGCUUCCUGCCUAACCUCCGGGAGGAGCUCUUCAAACAGACAGUCAUACCACAACCAGAUCCUGCUCCUAGUCCCCCAGUGGAGCUUGUCCAGCCGGCUGCCCCCUGCCCCCCAGCCUCGCCACCCCCAGCUCAGGCCCCAUCUCCUGUGCCAGUGCCAGCUGCCCCCACAGAGCCAAAGACCUCCAGCAGACCAGUGUCGCCCCAAGGUCCCCCACCACCUAGUACCAACGGAACAGACAGAUCAUCUCCAGUGCCCCCGUCGACUCCCCCCAUGCGCACCCCAGUGAAGAUGUCYCCCCAGAUCUCUASCCCSCUGAKYCASUCMCMCAYRAGUCAGUCCCCCCUCAUCCUGCAGCCCCUGGCCUCCCAUCUGCAGGUGGGGGGCGUGCCCCCUAUGUCCCUCCCCAUUAUCCUCAACCCCGCCCUCAUUGAGGCCAGUUGCCCUGUCCCCCUGCUCCCCGCCCCCCGCCCCACUGACCAUAGUGACACCCCGCAGGUCAAAUAGAGCCACCAUAGCCCUAUGCCUACUCUCACGGGGGGCACUCCAUCCCCCACCUUUCUCCU